ACAGGAGUCAUGAGAUGUCCCCUGGAUGCACAUAUUGACGUGUAAUUAGCCAGAAGUCCACACACAGCCGACCAAUCAGGAGGCGGAGGAGAGGCUGUGCCUAGACCGGCUGGCAGACACUCCGGGGACAGAGCUCCGGCCGCCGCUCAGCCCCGUGGCGGUGACAGCACUGACAGCGACUGGACCAGGUCCUGACUGCACCAACCCAGUCUGUUUAAAGCAAGAUGGCUGACGUGGAGCUGGUGAAGAAGAUGCUGCGGGCCGUCCUCCAGGCUAACAGAGGUGGAGUGUCAUUGUCCCGUCUGCAGUCAGAGUACAAGGAGCUGACCGGGGAGCAGAUACCACACAAACAUAUGGGACACAACAACCUGGAUGCCCUGCUAGCCACUAUGCCUUCUUUAGUCCGCAUGGAGCGCAACCGCUCUGGAGAGACGGUGUGUUUUGCCUCGGGGACCAAUGAGACGGCCCAUACAGCCAAAGUGGUGGCUCGCCAGCGCAGCUCCAAGAAGACCGGCCGACCCUACCUGGUCAACACUCAGAUGAGGGUCAAACCAGCUGCUCCACUCGUCCUCAAUGCCAAACCUCAAACCUCUCUGAGGCAGCCCAACCACCGUGGGCGAGGCGGGGGUAGAGGAGGAGGCGGCGGCCGAGGGACAGGACAUGGAGACUUUAGACAGGCGAGGGACAUGAGGGAUGGCCAAUCAGAGGGCAAGACUGGGGCGCAUCCGAAUAAGAUGUCCAAUCAGAACACACCCAACAGGAAAGGGAACCCACCUGCAGAGAAAUCAGACAAGAGGAUGACCCUCCCUUCACGGUUUCAGAAGGAGGUGCAUGCUCACCUUUCUAGAAAUUCCCAACAGACUAGUCCACCCUUGAAUCUAAAUGAGAGCCCCGGCUCAGGGAAAGGAAAACCCUACAACCCUCAGCAGGUCCAGGGUCGCAUCAGAGAAAUCCUGGGGAAGUACAGUAAUGGGUUCUGGGUAUCGAAGUUGCCUCAGAUCUACAGAGAGCUGUACAAACAGGACCUGCCUACUGAGUCCAUCAAAGACCUGGAGACCUGGACGCACAUAUGCACUGUAGAGAAAACCUGCAGCAGCAACCCAUCAGAGCUGCUACUUUACCCUGCCAAGGAACAGACCACCACAUCCUCCCCGUCACCCACCCCAAACUCCACCUCUGCCCCUGCCCCGACAUCAAACACCCCCGCAGACAAACCCUCGAAUUCCCCAGCCCAGCAGAGACCCCGCAGCACCCAUCUGACUCGCUCUGGUUCUCGCUCUCCUCAGUCUCCACCGUCGUCCUCCUCGUCCCCCAGCCCUCCCUCCUCCCCUGCCACCCUUAGUCCCGACCUGAAGCUGAAACUGGAGGAGCUGUUGGUGAAGUACUCCAACGGCCUGUGGGCUCACGCCCUUCCCAAGCUCUUCCAGGACACCUACAAAACCAAACUGCCUGGACAUGUUCUGGAAAACCUUCACCUCCUCUCUGACUUCUGCACCAUCGACUACCCAAUGCCCGACAACCCCAAGAGGGCCAUUUUGUACAGGAGGAGCAGCACUGGAGGUGGAGAAGGAGAGGACGAGAACUGUAACAGGAGGAACUCUUCUGUCAGUGAGGAGGAGCUGAGGGUGAGGCAGGAACUAGGGAGGAGGCUCAGUAACCAUGCGGUGCCUUCUCUCCAGAUCCCCAAAGAGGAGUACCCCUCUGUGCUAGUGGUGGAGGCCACCAACACCAAUGGAGUGAUACUCAGGUACAUUGGUGAGGGUUACUCCCAGGCUCAGGAGUCUAUGGAGGACGAGAUGAGGGAGUAUUAUGGCCUGGACCAAAGCAAGCCUUCUAUUUUGUCAUCUCCAUCCUCGGGUCAACUCGUUGCGGUCAGAGCAGAGGAAGAGGAGGAGAUUCUGAGGGCGCAAGUCUGCGAGGUCAUGGCUGACAAGGUCAAGGUGCACUAUGUGGAUCAUGGCUUCUCAGAGGUGAUCAGCAAAACCAAAGUGUUUGAGCUGCAUGAGAAGUUUUUCCAACUUCCUUUCCAGGCAACCAAGUGCAAACUGGCAGGCUUGGAGCCAUUCUGUCAGGAGCCUGCUGUGCUGAAGAAAUUUGAGACAAUGGCAAGUGGGAGAAUCUUAUUGGCAGAGAUCCUAGAGAGAGGGCAGACCCCACUUGUCGUCCUGUACGACACGUCACAGGAUGAUGAUGUCAACAUUAACGCUGCCUGCAUGAAAGCUCUGCAAGACAAGACUCUAGCCAGUCCGUUACAGGUGAACAGUGUUUAUAUGAACGUUAUUGUCAGCAGCGUCUGCUCAGAUGGGACCAUCUACUGCCAGCUGCCCUCCAGAGGCCUUGCCAAGCUGAAUGAGAUACUGGAGAAAAUAGAGACUUACUUCCACUCACAGGUAACAUCAGAGUUCUUGGUAUCCAAACCCUUCUGUGGGAAAGUCUGUCUGGCUCGCUACAAAGGCAAAUGGUCCCGUGUAGAGAUCACCAACCUUCACGGCAGCAGAGUGCUGGACAUCCUGUUCAUUGAUGUGGGUGUGCAAGCUUCUGUAGAAGUGUUUGAGCUGAGAGAGAUCCCACCGCAAUUCCUCCGUGACCUCAUGGCCACCCCACCACAGGCUGUAAAGUGCUGUCUAGCAGACCUGGCUGUCAGUGUUGGAUCCUGGACUCCAGAUGCUGUCCAGUGGCUUCGAGACAAAGUGCUCAACACCACAGAUUGUAGCAUGAAGGUUGCCAAGGUAGAUGAAUCCAAACGCUGCACCUACGUCCACCUUUUUACCGACAAGAGCUUCCACGACCCCGCCCACAGCCUCAACCAUCAGAUGGCCCAAUCCGACCUGUUCAAACAGCGACCAGAUGUUUUCCUGACAAGCCACAGCCCUGCCAAGAUCACCACACCCACUUUAUCCUCCAAGACUUCCAGCACCAGUAACUCCACUAAUGGGAGUCCAGCAUCAUCUUCUGUCGGAGCCAAGCCUCAUCUCAGGAGGGCUCUGUCGGGACCCAGAGGAGGUGGAGGGAGCAACACGAUCACCUCCAGCCCACCAGAGACACCCUCAUCCGCCUCAUCCACUCUCCAGCUGCCACCAUUACUAGAGCUGCCCCCAGCGGGAAACAACAUUGACGUCUAUGUGUCAGUGGCAUGCCAUCCAGGUCACUUUGUGCUGCAGCCCUGGAGAGAUAUGUACAAACUGGUGGUGUUGAUGGGAGAGAUGAUUCUCUACUAUAAUAAAACUGAGCAAAAACCACUCAACAUAGAGAAGAAUCAGAUAUAUGCUGCUAAAGUGGAGAACAACUGGCAUCGUGUGUUAGUGAAGGGAGUUCUGACCAAUGGGUUGGUGUCUGUGUACGAGUUGGACUAUGGUAAACAUGAGCUGGUCAGCUGCACCCAGCUCAGACCUCUGAUCAAAGAGUUCAGACAGUUGCCUUUCCAGGGAAUCACUGCUCAGCUAGCUGGAUUGAAACCAAGGCAGUGGUCAGAGGAAGCUUCCAUCGUUUUCAGGAACCACGUGGAGAAGAAACCACUUGUGGCCCAGCUGGAGGCCAUACAGGAAUCCACUAACCCCUGGGACAGGAAGUUGACAGUCUUCCUGGUCGACACAUCACAGGAAGAAAGGGACAUCUGGGUGCAUGACAUCAUGGCUGAAUUUGCUGAUGAGCUGACCAACGAGCUGUAGACAACAGAAGAUCGUCGACAAGUCUUACUAGCAGAGUGUUGUACUGUCGCUUAAUGAAGACACCGUGAGUUGUGGAUCGACUAAAUAGGACGUCUCUAUCUAUCUACCAUUUAGUCGGACAGGAAGAAGGACAAAAUGCAGGUUGUAAGAAGAAGGGAAAUUGAGGGGUUUAAUAGCAUGUAGAGACUGGCAUUGAUGGAAAGACAAGAGGUGUUGUAGCCACUUGCUUGUUGUGUUUUGGGCUGUACAUCGAAGGAUGUUGUGAUGUGAUUUUGAGUGACUGCAGUGAGACUAUUGGACAACACACCCAUGCAUGAUGUUGGUCAAAACUUACAACAAAUACUCAAAACAUACCUUCAACAUACAGUAACAAACUGCUGAAUCUCUCCGAAUAGUCUCACAAAGUUGUGUAAAAUGAUACAGCAUGCAUUCUUACACCAUUCGGUAUGGGCUUUAAACCAAUGCAGUAUCUUUCCCUACAGUACCGUGAGCGCAUCCAAUUUUAGUGUUUAAUAGUGUCAUCCAAGGGGGAGAUGCCUGAAUACCCUCAACCCUGCCAAUGUGAGCACCAUGCAAAGUGCAUAAAAUGUUCAAAAUUAACUCAACAAGUUCUCACAUGCUAGACAGACUUAUUAUGCAUUUGUUUACAAAAUCUGCUUUUUGGAUGUUUUUUUUUUUAAAACGUCAUGAAGUUUACAGACGUUAGAGCAAACAUUCCCCACAGGAGGAGAAGAAGUGGACGAGUCAGCGAUUCACGGGAGACAGACGUAAUGUAAAGAGCCUUUAUUUUGCCCAGGACAAAAAUGCAAAACCUUCAACCAAAGGACAUUGCAGUGCGUUCUACAGUGGGUUGUGGGUAUUCCCUAAAGGAUGAAAAAAGAAGAAAAGAAGAAGAAGAAAAGAAGAAGAAGAAGAAGAUAGUGAAGACGUAAAAGAAGACAAAAGUCAAAGAAGAAGAAGACUAAAAACACAACAAGUACAAAUAAACAGAAAAAAAUAAGAUAAAAAAGAUAAAAGCUAUAUACACGUAUGUGGACAAAAGUACCAAAGUGAUCAACAGAUCUGAAAGGAAACUGUUUUCUCCCAUCCCUUGAUCCUCUUAAUCCUAUCCCCGUCCCAGUCUAACACGGUGCACUGUAGGCUUUGUUUUGAAUCAUGUACAUCAGGCUUGUCUUGGUUUCCUUCAUCUAGAGGGCCCCAGUUGUCUCACAUAUGCAGUUUUUGAUGAACCAAUCAUAGGUAGGGUUGGUCUCCCUGUCCAGUGCCUCAGUAUUAGCUGUAGUAAGAGUAACCACUGAGCCUCCUUCCCACUUAUUCUCUUAUUUACUUUUCAGCUAUUCAUGAGGCACAGAGGAGGGGUAAGACUAACAUCAAUACCCAGGCUGUGAGAAACUGUUUUUGGAGUUGUACCUUUCAGCACUUGCGUGCUGACAGUCUGCUGUACUUGCUGGCUAAAUAAUAAGAAGUGAUAUAUUUAAUGUGAGAUAUGUUAUUUUGUGUUUUUAGUGUUGGCACAACCUGGCACUGCAUGUACAGUAGAAGGAUUUUCUAUUGAAUUGGAAGAAAUAAUUGAAGGCAGACAAAAACCAACAAUUAUAUUGUGACCAACUGUGAACAAGAUACAUGUGAUUUUAUCAAAUCUGUUUUGUGCAGGAAAAAAAAAAUAUCAACAGUCCUCAGACAGGCCCACUUCCUGGCUCCUGUGACUGCAGGGCCUCAUCCAUCUCUUCUCCUCCUGUGAAACACUGAUUCCAAUGUGACUUUUACGCUUUCUAGGAGCCGAGUAUCUCUCCUACAUUGUUCUGUUUCUUGUCUGACAACGAGACUUAAUUUCAGCAGAUUACAUGUGCUGCAUGUUGCAGAUCUUUCUGAAUUGUGUGCACAUAUAGUUUGAUGUUAUAAUAAUAAUAAUGAUGAUAAUAAUAAUCAGAUUAAUUUACCAGUAGUGUUAAGCUUUUUUUUUCAAAUAGGAGAUAAGCUCUGCUUGGUUAGUUCCUAUCAAAUGUUGGCCUGAUGUGGGAUUUUAUUCUGAAAUGUGACCUUUUUUUCCCCCUGGACACACCUUCACCGUGGUUUUGGAUGUGCAAAUGCUUCUUCAACUCCGAAGACAGUAGACCUGACAAAGCUCAAAGCUGCAUUGUUGUUAACAAUUGACAAUGAAUUUAAUUUAUAUUUAACUUAUAUUCUUUAGAUGAUAAUUACAUUAUCAUUUCCAUUAUGUUUGACUAUGACCUGGAGGUAUUAAACUAUUUCUUUUUUUGGAAUAAAGUCUGUUUGAGAGGUUUA